GAUAUGGUCGAUCCAUAUCUUGUAUGCUAGAAAAAAGUAUGCAUUCGGUUGAAAUCUGGAUAUAUAGCCAGCGUGACUGGUUGGUACAAACUCAUUCUGUAUUUGGUUAGAAAACUUGUGUUAACUUUGUUGCUGCUUUGCAUAAAGAUUAAUUUUAUUUUAUUUGAAACAACAUGUAUGCUGGCUCUUGCUCACUUGGAGUGAUUGAGGAAGGCAUUAUGUUGUAAUAAUUUUCAAAUAUAGAGAGUACUGCAUUGUUGAUCUUGCUGUCUCCGACAAGAAGAAAAUGCAUUUGGAUUGAUGACCAUCCUGCAGAAAAGUAAAGAAAGAGUACUUUUUCGAGGAAGCAUAUGGGAGCUCCGUGACAAAAUAAGGAAGACUUUGGGGCUAGUUGAUUCAGACAAGUGAAGCUGUCCACGACAUCAGGGAAGCAUCUUGGAAUGAAACAAAGGAACAAACAGAAGUAGGUAAUAUGGGUAUGGGACCAAGUACACACACUUUUGUGCUUGAUUUAAACAAACUUACAAAUGCUAAAUUUUGCAAUUUGGAGUCACUUCCAUUGUUCCCACUCCAUUAUCUUAUAUUUCUUAGAAUGUGAUCGAGUUAUGUCAAAUUCACGUGGAGACUUGAUAAGUCGAUGACAUAUCUUCCUUUCCUGUUCCUCAAUCAUAUCUUCUUCUUUCGGUAUCAUAUCCAACUUUUUCACUUUCCUUAUUGUAUCUGAAGUCUAUUAUUCCCAAGUAGACACAAUAGUUUGAUUUUUCUUAAACCAUUAAGUAUAUUUUUCCUUCUCUCUUACAGGCUUUAAUCUAAUGGGUCCCUAACCUUAGUCACUUUAGGGAUAGAGAUUAUGAAUCCGAUUUUCUUUUCUGGUCGCCAAUUAUUAAUCUGAUUUACCUGAUCUUAACCGACCAUGCCACAAUAACUAAUAUGAAGCUGUUUUUUUUUAUCCUCAAUUUUUUUUUUUCUUUUGGUUCUUAAAAUAAAACCAAAAUUGUAUCAAACAUCAAACCUAAUCUAGAAGUAGUUCCAUUUAGGUUAAUAAUAUUUUUAUAUUUUGCGGUGGUUGCUAUGCCCAUGUCAUUUUCUUCUAGAAACUAAUAAUUUUUCUUCUAGAUAGAAAAUCACAUGUGAAUAAUUUAAAUGAGAAACAUUGUGAGUGUUUUGUCAGAUAUUAGCAGAUACUUUGAUGGGCCAAAAAUGGAUAGUAAAUUACGGAUGCAAAGUUGUAAUGGCCCAUUCGGCUAAACCAAUGAAACAGGUUCACCGGUUUCAUGCUUCUUCCUCUUAACUUGUCACUGACCUGAAAUGAUGACGUCAGGUUCUCGGCGGGACUUUAAUUAACCGUUUAUUUUUAUUUUUAAGGACUCCGACCAUGAGCCCUGCGGCGGAGCUUGCGGUGAGGAUCGGCCGUGAGCUUCUGAAGGUUUCCGGAAGCUCUCGAUCAGCUCGGGUAUGGAGUCCAUCGGUUGAACAGAGUCUUCACGGUCUCGGCUUUCGCAACUCGAUAAGUCCUUCGCUUGUGGCUCGAGUCAUUGACCCGUUUCUCCUAAACCACCAUUCCCUCGCUCUCGGUUUCUUCAAUUGGGCUGCUCAGCAACCAGGUUACUCUCACGAUUCACUCUCUUACCACUCUAUCUUCAAGUCUCUUUCGCUUUCUCGUCAGUUCUCCGCUAUGGACGCUCUCUUUAAACAAGUCAAAUCGCACAAAAUCGUUCUCGAUUCUUCCGUGUAUCGCUCCCUCAUCGAUGCGCUUGUGUUGGGUAAGAAAGCUCAAAACGCGUUCUGGGUUUUAGAAGAAGCUCUUUCCACGGGUCGGGAGAUUCAUCCCGAUGUUUGUAAUCGUCUUUUAGCUGCUUUGACUUCUGAUGAGUGUUAUGAUUAUGCUCAGAAACUGUUUGUUAAAAUGCGUCAAAGAGGUAUUUCUUUGAAUACUGUUGGUUUCGGCGUGUAUAUAGGAAAGUUUUGUAGAAGUUCUGAAACGGAUCAGAUCUUGAGAUUGGUUGAUGAGGUUAAAAAGGCUGCUAACUCGAACAUCAAUGGCUCGAUCAUUGCACUGUUGAUUCUCAAUGGUCUUUGCAAAUCGUCACGAGAGAUAGACGCUUUCUAUAUAUUGGAAGAGCUGAGGAAUAGAGAUUGCAAACCUGAUUUUAUGGCUUAUAGAAUCAUAGCUGAAGCAUUUGUAGUCACUGGAAAUCUUUAUGAGAGACAGGUCGUGCUAAAGAAGAAGAGAAAGCUCGGAGUGGCACCUAGGAGCAGCGAUUACAGAGCUUUCAUAUUGGCUUUGAUUUCAGCUAAACGAUUAACAGAGGCUAAGGAAGUGGCUGAUGUGAUUGUGAGUGGGAAUUUCCCCAUUGAUAAUGAUGUCUUAGACUCUUUAAUCGGAUCAGUCUCUACAGUGGAUCAAGAUUCUGCUGUUGAUUUCUUGAAUUUUAUGGUGAGUACAGGGAAAUUGCCUGCGAUUCGGACUCUGAGCAAGUUGAGUAAGAAUCUUUGCAGGCACGACAAGAGUGACCAUCUGGUAAAGGUUUCUGAGGUUUUGUCAAGCAAAGGUUAUUUCUCAGAGGUUGAGAGUUACAGUCUGAUGAUAUCGUUCUUGUGCAAGGCCGGGAGAGUCAGGGAAGGUUACAAUGCUCUGCAUGAAAUGAAAAAGAAAGGGCUUGAACCAGACGUGUCACUCUAUAACGCCCUCAUUGAAGCUUGUUGUAGUGCGGAAAUGAUCCGUCCAGCGAAGAAACUGUGGGAUGAGAUGUUUGUGGAGGGAUGCAGAAUGAAUCUGACGACGUAUAAUGUACUUAUUAGGAAAUUGUCAGAGGAAGGCGAGGCAGAGGAGUCUUUGAGGCUGUUUCAGAAGAUGCUUGAGAAAGGGAUUGAACCAGAUGAAACAAUCUAUACGUCACUCAUUGAAGUCCUAUGCAAAGAGACAAAACUUGAAGCUGCUUUGGAAGUCUAUAGAAAGUGUAGGGUGAGGGAUAAAACAGUUGUAACAAAAGUGUUAAACGCAUUUGUCUUAAUUCUAUGCAGCAACGGCCAAUUUGGCGAGGCAUCGCAGCUGCUGUGCGCUCGAGAGCACUUGGAACACACAACGGCACAUGUCGUGUUGCUGAAAUGUGUGGCGGAUGCGAAAGAGGUUGAGAUCGGAAUCAGACAUAUGAAAUGGAUCAAAGAGGUGUCACCAUCUCUCGUUAGCACCAUUUGUUCUGACCUGUUGGCGUCAUUCUGUUUAACAACUGAUCCUGAUUCCAUUCUUCCGUUUAUUCGAGCAAUUGAACACACAUAAUUAUGUCAAUCAGUAGUAGGCUAUAUAGGCUUUUUAGCAAUUAGAUUCCCCAAACCAAAUUGUAUUUUUCCCUUUAUUCUGUGUAGGUCCUAUGAAAACAUGUAGGCUGUGACCGAGAGAUCUCCCUCUGGGUGACUUAUACGUUACAAGUCGUUUAUUGUCUACGUAAGAAUUUAUUCUAAUGAAUAAUUUUUCUUAACGGUA